AAAAAAUAACAAAAUGCAUUAUAGCUCAGCAACAUUUCCUCGCAGUGAGCAUUCAAGUCUUAAAAAGAGGUGAAAGGCUACAUGAAUUUCUUGCGUACCACGAUUGUGGAGUUGUAAUGGUUUGGCAAGUGCAUUUUUCCAAAAAAAAAAAGAAAUAGUCAAAGAUUUCAUUUUAUUAGAACCCCUCAUUCUUCAAUAGACAUUUUGAUUGCACAUCAAAAUAGCCGUUGAGAGGAUGAUCAGUCUCUCUCUUCCCUCUUCCGCCAAAUUGAUCACGCCAUCGCGCAAACCCAUAAACCCUUCCCGCCAAAAAUUCUCAUCCAUCCAAUCCUUGAAGAACCCCAACUUCGAACCUCUCAAGAACCGUCUGAUUCGUCUGGCCAAUGUGGGCCACCUCCACCAAGCAAUCUCCACCCUUGAUCUCAUGACCCAACAUGAACUCGCCCCAGACCUCAUCACCUACUCGGUCCUCCUCAAAUCCUGCAUCAGAACACGAAACUUUGAACUUGGAAAGCUUGUUCACAGCAAAUUGUCCGAGUCAGGACUCGAACUUGACUCGGUUGUGCUUAAUUCACUGAUCAGCUUGUAUUCUAAAUGUGGGGAUUGGGUAACUGCUAAUUCUAUCUUUGUGACAAUGGGUGAGAGUAGAGACUUAGUUUCAUGGAGUGCAAUGAUCUCAUGCUUUGCACAUAAUGGUAUGAAUUCAAAAGCAAUAUCUACAUUCUUUGAAAUGCUUGAAUUUGGAGAGAACCCAAAUCAAUUUUGUUUUUCGGCUGUGAUUCAAGCUUGUUCGAACGUUAAUAAUGCUUCGAUUGGGAAAGUAAUUUUUGGGUCUGUAAUAAAAACGGGGUAUUUUGAGUCUGAUGUGUGUGUGGGGUGUGCAUUGAUUGAUAUGUUUGCAAAGGGUUGUAGUGACUUGAACUCUGCAAAGAAGGUGUUUGAUAAAAUACCUGAGAAGAAUGAAGUUACGUGGACUUUGAUGCUAACUAGAUAUUCCCAACUGGGUCAUGCAAGAUAUGCCAUUGACUUGUUUCUGGAUAUGGUAUUGAGUGGAUUUAAACCGGACCGCUUUACUUAUAGCAGUGUCAUUUCCAGUUGUGCAGAAUUAGAAUUGUUAUCAAUUGGGCAGCAAUUGCAUUCUCAGGUGAUUAAGUCUGGAUUGGCUAUGGAUGUUUGUGUUGGGUGCAGUUUGGUGGACAUGUAUGCAAAGUGUGUAGGUGAUGGAUCUGUGAAUGAUUCAAGGAAGGUGUUUGAUCGGAUGCCUGAUCAUAAUGUCAUGUCUUGGACUGCAAUUAUCACCGGGUAUGUGCAAAGCGGAGGUCACGAUAAGGAAGCUAUUGAACUAUACGGCAAGAUGAUUCAGGGUCAAGUUUUACCCAAUCAUUUCACAUUUUCCAGCAUUCUCAAGGCAUGUGGAAAUCUUGCUGAUUCAGGUAUGGGUGAACAAGUUUAUACCCAUGCAGUUAAACUGGGUCUUGCUUCAGCUGAUUGCGUGGGAAAUUCUCUUACUAGCAUGUAUGCUCGAUCUGGAAGGAUGGAAGAUGCACGGAGAGCUUUUGAUGUUCUAUUUGAGAAAAAUUUGGUUUCCUACAACACUAUUUUUGAUGGCUAUGCCAAGAAUUUGAAUGCUGAUGAAGCCUUUGAGCUUUUCCAUCAAAUAAAGGAUGCUGGGAUCAUGUUUGAUGCUUUCACAUUCGCCAGUCUAUUGAGUGGAGCUGCAAGUAUAGGUGCCUUGAGUAAGGGCGAGCAAGUCCAUGCUCGCUUAAUUAAAGCCGUGUUCGAGUCAAACCAAUCCGUUUGUAAUGCUUUGGUCUCUAUGUACUCUAGAUGUGGGAACAUAGAAGCUGCUUUUCAAGUUUUUAAUGAAAUGGAAGAUCGGAAUGUAAUAUCGUGGACUUCAAUAAUCACUGGGUUUGCAAAACAUGGAUUUGCAAGAAGAGCUUUGGAAAUGUUCUACCAAAUGCUUGAGGCAGGUGUAAAGCCGAAUGAGAUUACAUAUAUUGCUGUUUUAUCAGCUUGUAGCCAUGUCGGUAUGAUUAAUGAGGGAUGGAAACUCUUUAACUCAAUGUUCAAAGAACAUAGAAUAAGCCCAAGGAUGGAACAUUAUGCAUGCAUGGUUGAUUUAUUUGGACGAUGUGGCUUCCUCGAAAAGGCCGUUCAGUUCAUUGACUCAAUGCCUUUCAGGGCUGAUGCUUUGGUCUGGCGCACCUUGCUUGGAGCUUGCCGAGUUCAUGGUAACACAGAGCUUGGCAAACAUGCUGCAAAAAUGAUUCUUGAGCAAAACCCAAAUGAUCCAGCUGCAUACAUUUUAUUAUCAAACCUGUGUGCUUCAACUGGUCAGUGGGAAGAUGUAGUGGCGAUCAGAAAAGGCAUGAAAGAGAGAAAUUUGGUUAAGGAAGCAGGCUGUAGCUGGAUAGAGACAGAAAACAUGGUACACAAGUUUUACGUGGGGGACACCUCUCAUCCCCAAGCACAGGAGAUAUAUGAAGAACUAGAUAAAUUGGCUCUCAGAAUAAAGGAGAUGGGUUAUGUCCCUAACACAGAUUAUGUUCUUCAUGAUGUGGAGGAGGAACAGAAGGAACAGUAUUUGUUUCAACACAGUGAGAAAAUAGCGGUAGCAUUUGGUCUUAUAAGCACAUCCAAGUCGAAACCCAUAAGGGUUUUUAAGAAUCUUCGUGUCUGUGGAGAUUGCCAUACUGCAAUCAAAUACAUAUCGAUGGCAACAGGGAGAGAAAUAAUAGUAAGGGAUUCAAACCGGUUUCAUCAUAUGAAAAAUGGGAUGUGUUCCUGCAACAACUACUGGUGAUUAUGUUAUAUUGUUUUGAAAUGAAUGGAAGUGAUGGUCACAUUGAGAUGGGAGUUCUGUAUUCGGUGGAAAAAUCUGUUUAAGCUUACCCUUCUAGUGCCUGUCUUACAAUUUUUCUGAUCUGCAGUAGUGGAGACUGUUUAAGGAAAAAUCCAAAGGGAUCAGUAAGUCCGAAUUAAUAUGAUGGAUUGCUUGCCGUGUAAGUUGCAAGCAUUAGAAGGGUUCUCCACUGACUCGUUCUGACAACUUGCGUCUGGAUAUUCUAUUUGCAUCUGAUUUUACCCUUCAGGAUCCAUCUUCAAUGGGUGGAAGGAUAUGAACUUGCUUUCAGCACAGGUCAGGACUCAGAAGAGGGGGAAAGAUUGUUAGAUGUACAUGUACAAGCUGCAAUAUAUUUUUAUAUUGGCAAGUAAAACUGAUGUCAUUUUUUUUUUUGUUUGAAAUCCCCAGGCUAAAUUAGGAAUUGUUGUGCUGUUCAUUUUGCUGCAUUGCUGUUGAGACAAAGAUAUCUAUAUAUAUAUAUCUCAGAUAAGUAACUUCAAUAUCCUGCUCCUAUUUUACCAUUUCUUCUACUGUCAUUAAAGCACUGCUUCAGUGAACUUCGAAUUUUUUUUGGUUAAACAACAAGAAUAAGAGAAAAACCGUGAGUCUUCUCCUCCCUCUCCUCUCUUCCAGCUUCCCUUCUUUCAACCUUCCUGCAAUCCGACACCAUGAACCACAUCCUUCGUUGCAAAUCAAUCAAUUCACCACCCCUCCUCCUGAUUCUUAUCCCCUCAAAACUCACCAAAGCUUCCUGUCACCCUCAGCCUACACAAAAUGCCAGAACAACCCACCCACUCAACCCCACUACCACUGGACCAACUCCGCUCUUUUCCCCAUGAUUUCAUGAGGUUCCUCCCUGAAGGAAUUGAGCCUCUGUAAUGGACUUAUCAAAGGCUGACUUGAUUGAAGAGGUGGAGCUGGAGAAAUCCAUCUCCAGCUUGAAAGAUCAACUAGAAGCAUCUCACCGAAAUGAGGGAGCUGAAUUUUCCAGCUAGAGAGCUCAGGUGCACAAAAUUUUGAGUUCUUAAAAUUCAAAUUUAUCCCACCUUACAUUGUCACUUCAGAUAAACUUUUCCCAUACUGAGUCACCAGGGAAAAAAAAGAAUCAAAGUUAACCUGCCAAAUGCUGACCCAUUGCCCAUCAUGUCCCUUGACCACACACUCUUGCCCUGUUUCUCCCACCAAAAGUUCCAGACCAGUCCCAUCACUCUAGCACCUCCACCUCUGGAUUAAAAUCCUCUCCAUUUAACUAUUCGUUAACUUUUCAUUAACGUUACAUACCAAAUUUCCCCCAACCCAAAUUCGAUACCUUCCAAACAACCACCAAAACCAUAUUUCCCCAAAUCCCACCAAUUCAAAAUAUUGUGUAUUUCAAAAUUUUGGAUUUAUGCUAUGUUUUAUCUAAUUACUCUCAUCUACAGAGCCGAUUUUUCAUAACCCAUCUAUGAUUUCCCAUAACUAAGCUCUGAUUUAGGGUUUUGUAGAACAGAAAAGCAACCAAACAUCUGAUUUAGGGUUCUAUUCUUCAGUCUCUGUUCAGAUCUUUGUCUAAAAUCCAAGUCGGUAUAAUGGGUUUGUUCUUCGGUUAUCGUCUCUGUGUCUUAUGACGACAGAGCCAUCCUCAUUAAUGGAAAAAGAAGGAUUCUUAUUAUUUCCAGAGGACAUUUAUCCCUUCCAGAAUAGCUUAUCAUAGAAAGGCCAAAGGAGGGCUAUACAGACAUAUGUAUAUAUAUACAUAUAUCUAUCCUUUCAACUUAAGUUUCUUCCUAAAAGCGAGAAGAAAAAUUUUCGUGCGGAGUCUGUUUAUGUCCCCGUUUGCCAGGGUUGUGAUUCUCAUUUGCUGAUGUGGAGAUUAUAUCAGCGGAUGAGUGGCUUUUCACGCUUCCGAGUCUGAGGAAGAAACAAAGGAAAUGAUCGGAGAUUCGACCGUUCAGAUUCUGGCGACUGAACAGUAACUCAACUCCUAAAAGCCCUAGCUUGAUUUGGGGCUUUUUUUAAUUAUUUUCAUUUUGAAUUAUAAACUCUAGUUUCUAUUAUUGAUUCAGAGAUUUUAGGGUUCUUGAGCUUGAUUUUGUGCACUGGGUACAUGUUUGCAUGUUAUUUUGUCAUUUUCUAGUUGCUUUAUAUUGUUGGUUUUGUUGUUUUUUUCGAAAGUUUGAUGUUUUGAUCCUUUUAACUUACUUGUUCUGCAAUUUUGGUAAAGCGUGGGGACCUUUUUUUGGUCUUUUGUUUGAGUUUGUGUUUUCUGUUAGUUUUAUUUAGGUUUUAAAUGGGAAUUGAAUCAUAUGAUUUAUCUCGUGUAGCAAUUUCUUUUUUCUUUCUGAAUGUGCAUCAAUGUAUUGUUUCUAUGGUUUGAAACUGUGUUUUGCUAUAAUGUGUGCUUACUUCUUGUCAUCAGUAUUGGCUAAGCCUUAUCCAACUGCUUUUACUUUGGGUUAAGGUGAUUUUAUUCCAUCUGUUUAUUCGACGAAGCUUGUUUACCUGUAAUUUUCAUGUCGUUUUGUGCCGAGAAAUCUUUGUAAGAAUCUCAUGGCUAACUGUUAAAUUUUUAUCAGCUAGUGUUGUCGCCAUAAUGUUGUACAGAAAAUAAAAAUUGUGAAAUUAUUUUUACAUGAUUGAUCUAAUUGUUUUACCUUCCCCUUAUGGAAAUUCCUUUCUACCUGUAUAUUGUAAUUAAGUAAAUGAAUACACAUUUCCACAUUUACUGCUCUGUUCAGCCCUCUAGAAAUUUUGAGUGAUUCUACUCUCUAUAUAUUGACUCUCAUAUAGUUUAGGUGCCUGUACUAUGCUAGAUGAAAUGUAAUUGCAAAUAUCAAUAAACGGACUGAGAUCAUAAUUUGGUUAACAUGUUAGUUUUAAUUAUACAAUUUUAGAAUUUGUAAAAGUUGGCUGAAAUGGGCUUAACAACGUAACUUACCUUAAACUUUUUGAAGACCAUUAAAGGGGACGAUUAAAGUUAAACCUAGCCUUUAUUAUUAGAUAAUUGCUCUGACACUUAAAUCCCCAUCGUCGGUUCAAAUUUUUACCAUUUCACCUAGAAAACCCUUCAAUAUCACAAGAAUAUAGAAAAUAAAAUUAGUAGCCUGCAAGAAAGACACAA